AUGACUUGGGACCUGGUUGACGCGAAGGUGGAUUUAUAUGGGUCGCUCAGCUUCGUCCCUGACAUCGACUACUGGCUUGACCCAAACAACACCUACCGUGUUGUGUUUGUACAGAGCCAAGCGUCCUGGUUUGUCGUGACUGGCAGCGAUUUUGAGAUUGACGCGCACAACCUGGGCGGCAUUCAAGGGAACGGCCAGCCAUGGUGGGAGUAUUUUAGCUCCCACACCAAAGCGGACGGAGACGGCCGGCCUAUUUCUCUGACGGUUUAUCGCGCUGAACGCGGUGUCGUUCGCAACUUUGCCAUCCAAGCCCAACCGUUUUGGUGCAAUUGUGUCGCCGAGUCUCGAGACAUUGUCUAUGAUGGGAUGCGUUGCAAUGCAAGCAAUACCAACCCUUCCUUCGCCGGAAAGAACAUUGUUCCAAACACGGACGGAAUAAAUACCUAUCGAAGCGACAAUGUUUCCUUGUUGCAUUGGGACGUAACUUGUGGUGACGAUUGUCUAGCUAUCAAGGGAGUUUACUUCAAGUCUUGGGAUGGCUCUAUCAACGGUGUGCCGCCAACAGGUGGCGGAGGAGGUACAGGCCAAGUGAGGAAUGUGGUUGCUCGCAACAUCAAUCUGGUUGGCGUCAACCUGCCGAUUCACCUCUAUCAAACCAACGGCGGACAUUCUCUUGAUCUAAAGUCAACACUGAGCUUCGGAGGGUUGCGAUUCGAGAAUUGGACUGGCACGGCACUUGCCAACAAGCGUGAGAGAUUUAUUUUCGUGGCGGUCGUGACAGCCAAUGAAGUUCGUCUUGCAACAGUUGUUGACAUCGAAUGCGCGGUCGACUGCAACGAUGUCGAGUUUUUUUCGUUCGAAAUCAAGCCACCCGCGGGUCAAGCGCCACGCUAUAUUUGUCAAAAUGUGACACAACUAGUUUUCGAUAUGCCGUGCAACGCGACUGGAUUAGCCUGA